AUGGCUUCAGAAUCAUCCUCAACCUACCUUCUCAACCAUACAGAUCUUCCGUCACUGUACUAUCAAACCAACAAUGAAAAUGGUGGUAUCAUUGACUUGGGGCUCAGUCUUAGAGUUUUGCAGCCAGAAACUUAUACCCAUUCCGAGAAUCCUCAUGUUGCAGAUGACUAUCACGAUCUAUUAGAAUGGAACCAAUUGCAUCGUUUCGAAAAUCCCAAAGUCGGUACUCGGAAUAUAGACGAUAACGUUGGAAGAAACGUACUCAGAAGUAGAAAACAACAAAGCGAUUUUGUGAAGGUUAACAUGGAUGGAGUACCCAUCGGUCGAAAAAUAUGUGUUCUUGAUCAUUCUAGUUACUUGAGUCUUGCCUAUCAGCUAGAAGCCAUGUUCGGAAGACAAUCUUUAGGUGGUUUACGGCUAUUCGAAAGUGGUUCAGAGUUCUCGUUGUGGUAUAAAGAUCAAGAUGAACAAUGGAAGAUUGUUGGUGAUGUCCCAUGGAAGGAAUUUGCAGAUAGUGUGAAGCGGAUUCGGAUCAUACUGAAGGAGGAAACGCUUUUUCGGUCUAUAACCACACUGAUCUAACUCUUUCUAUGCAUCGACGACCACGAAGGGCGCAUACGA